GGUUAACUGUCAUGGCGGCGCCCUGAAUGCAGUAGCAGAAGACAUCCAAAUCUCUGUGAAGGAGACAAACGAGGCUGUUUAUCGGAGCAGACUGCAGCCAUGAAUAUAAAAGAUGCGCAGAAGUGGAACACUAGAAUGGCUGCACUUUACGCCUUCGGUGUCUGGACCAUGAUCGGGUCUUACGCCCUGUUAAAAUACACAGGUCGUCUCGAGCUCACACCAGUAAAAAAAGAAGAGGUACAAGAGUGCGAAGAUCCAAACCGGGUCGUCUUCCGAUCUGCUCACACUGAAACCAUCAUCGUCUACAAGAAAGACUUCGUCCCCUACCCCACGAGGAUCUACAACUUCUUCCAGUACUUCGGCACUAAACCUGGAGACAAGUAGCUGCAUCAGUGCGAAGGAUGACGGACACUGAACUUGUCAAGAGCAAGUUUUUAUACACUGCACUAUAAAUUCAUGCUUUGUGUGAGGAUGCUGUCUUUGUUUGUGAAAGAAGUUCCAGCGCAGUGUUCACCCGCUCAGGCUGAGGGAGCUGCAGCUGUGGAUGCUCAUGAUCUGUCAUCAGAUAUUGUUUAUUAUUAAUCUGUCAUUACUGUCAGCCUUAUCCACACCAUUGUCCACAAUACAAAGAUGCCAUAACCACUAACGAUGUAUAAAUAAACUUAAUCUCUUCAUUGUAGGAGCUGUUCUUAAAGUGUCUGGAGGUUUUGCAUUUUUUUUAAGAUAUCGUCAUUAUCCUGAGUGAAGCCAGAAAGAAAAUUAGAUGCACCACCACAAAGUGCAGCUUCAAACUGUACAAUAGAAAUGAAUCUGCAAAAAAAUCUGAAUAAAACUGAACACUUUAAAUAAGAUAGUGUUUAUCUCAUGGCUGUUGUACGACUUUUUGUUUUUUCUAAUCAACCAGUGUAAGUAAUAUACAUUGAUGCAGUGCCCGAUACCUCGCACAUCGUGGUGUGGAUUUUACAAUGGUAUGAUGUUGCUUCAAGACAACAUUUGAGUUUUAACAAUGUUCUAUUACUUAAUUAUCAAAUAAAGUAUAUUAAACUAUUAAAAAUGAAACAACUUA